CGUGGCCGACGCCGUGCAACCAGACACCGCUCCCCUUGGCCCAAUUGACGUCCAUGGCCGCGUGCUGAUGUCGCUGCCAGCUCAGAGACUCCCUCCGCCGGCUGUGCACGACCAAAUCACAGGCCCUUGAUCCGCCCUCUCACCCACCGCUCGCAGCUGACGGACGCACUCGACGCGCGCAGCCCACACGCCCAGCAACAGCAGCAGCAGCAGCAUGGGCUCCUCCGGCGACGAAGGCCAAUCGCGGCCCAAGCGGCCGGCGGCCAUGUCCCGCCAGCACUCGUCGCAGUCGCAGGUGUCGCAGUCGCCGUCCGAGUCGCAUCAGCGGCCCCAGCACAAGGCCACCCGCCACCACGUCGUCGGCUCGCGCGUGCAGCGCAACCCCUCGACAGGCAAGCACCUGAACAAGCUGGCCAAAGCCGCCCAGCCGCCGCCGCCCGCCGCCGACGACACGGCGCGACACCACCGCCGCUCGCAGUCGGGCAACUCAGUCUCGGCCCCCAGCAGCCCGCGCCCCGGCUUCAAGCGCAAUGCCUCGACGAAUACCAUUGUGCGCGCCUCGCAGGCCCACGCCCACGCCAACCUGCGCAAGAACCACUCGAGCGGCCACCUCGCGCGCCAGGGUCAGGCCAAGCAGCCCGCCCGCGUCUCCAAGAACGACAUUGCCGCCGCCCGCCGCGCCCUGGCCACGCCCAACCGCUCGCGCCCCUCGUCGCCCGACGCCCACCCCGCCGUCGACAUGGACCCGGACAGCGACCACGCCGACAACGACGGCUGGACCGAGGAGAGCGCCUCGCAGUCGCCCACGACGACGCGCUCCAACACGCGCUCCAACUCGCUCAUCCUCGAGCAGCAGCGCGACCGCGUAGCCCAGGCAGAGGCCGCAGACGAGACGCCCCCCACCGCCAGCACCACCAGCACCGCCAACGCCCAGGCCGCCAACGCCCUGGCCGACCGCACGCGCAACAACACGCAGGCCAACGGGGGCACCUCGCACCACCACUCGCGCCCGCCCGACGCCGACAUGCUCACCUCGCGCCUGCUGCAGCGCAGCUCCACCUCGACCUCCAACCUGACCGUGCACAAGACCGCUGCAGACCGCGAAACCCCCCGCUCCGUCCUGCCAGCCCACAGCGCGGCAUCGACGCUGGUCGACACGCCGGGCAAGGACCUGGUGUCGCGCUUCAUGGACGGCCACGGCUCGGCGGGGACCCCCGCCAACGGCGAGUACAUGCCGCCGCGCGACGACCCCACACCCGACCAGGGCGACCUCGACGAGAGCAAACGCAACAAGUCGACGUCCAACGUCCAACGCUCGGGCACCACCACCCCGACGCUGAACAGGACCCAGCAGAAACUACUGCUCCAGCGCGCAUCGUCGGCCAUUGAGCCCCAGAAGCUGGUCCCCGCCGUCAUGGCGCGUGCUGGCGGCUCGGCCUUCUUUCCCUCGGGCAUGCACUACCACGCAAACGGCCAGGGACGCGUAGACCCCCGCCUGCAGCAGCAGUUCAACCACGUCGCCGUCGAGUACAGAGUCGUGCGACGCUACCGCAACCCGCUCGCAGACUCCAUCUGGCGCAUCCAGCAGAUUCCCGGCGUGAAGCAGAAGAUGAACACGCGUGUCUCCAAGUCAGUCAGCCUGAACGGCUCCGCCAGCACCACCAGCCUGAGCACGAGCCUCACCGACGCUGGAGGCCAUGGCGAAACCGAUGGCGCAAGCUCGCGAAGGUCGCGACUUAGCUUCGACGCGGGUGGCCGCACUAGUCGCGACGACGAGGACCCUGACAGGGAGAGCCUCGACGAGGAACACGCCAGGCCUCCGACAGAGGCCGAGGAGAUCUGCCGCCGAAUGUGGGAGAGUGCGGAGGCGGCCGAGGCGGACUGAGAGCCCUGUUGGAGGCGAUGAAACAGAGAUGGGAAGCAACGGCGACACGUGGUGUUUCGCGCGCUGCAAACAGGAAAGAUCACGGGCACGAGGCGUUAUGACCUUUGUCCUGGGACGCGAGUGUUUUCAGGUCUGGGUAGAGAGUUGGCCGAGAUAGUACGAGCACGCAAGGCUGCUCAUUUGCUC